AGUGCAAUUUAAUAAUUAACAUUAUUGAAAGGCGGGUUUUAAUCGAACAAUAAUAUAAAACAAGAAUCAGCGAAUGUUUUCAAAUGCACUGGCUGUGCAAGACAGAAAUAUAAUAACAAAUAUCAGUUAUUCAAUGAGACGGCACAGGCAGAGCUACAUUUCUCCAUUGCACACUAUAUACAUCCAUGUUCCAGUAUUCAUAGUGACGGAUUUAGUAGUACGGAAUACUAACAGUAGCGACAACUCAGUAUUAUUUUUUAGCUUAUGUGUCUAAAAAAGUUGCUUAUGGUUAUCCACUGUUUUGUUUUUCCUCCUUCUUAACAUUUUAUUUUGCAACUGAAAACAACAUCGCGGAUUCACGAGCAUAUGAAGCAUGAGUACUGACGAGAGUGACAGCAAUGAACCUGGAAGUGUGGCAGACCACAGCAACGCUAACGAAAGUGAAAAUGAAAAGAUGGACAAAAGUUCAGCAGGAGAAGCCCAGCCACAUGAGACGCAAAGUAAAGAUGAGAAGGAUCACUUUGACGGCGGACGGCAACAACAACACCCGGACGAUGUGGGGCUGCCUGAGAUUACACAGAGUCAGGAAAUUGACACAGAAAAAUAUAAUAAUGUCCAGGGACCGCGGGAAAAUAAAAAAUACGUGUCCACGAUAGGGGGAAAGACUGCCCAGCUAAUUGAGACGAGUUCCUAUGAAAUACUCUCAACCGACACACUCUCUGAACCCGAACCGCCUCCUGGAGGACCCACGGCUGGGUUUGAGCCACCCGAGGGAGGGUUCGGCUGGCUCGUUGUCUUCGCUGCUACGUGGUGCAAUGGGUCGAUCUUUGGCAUACAAAACUCUUUCGGCAUUUUGCAUGUAAUGCUAGUAGAAGACUAUCAAAACCCAAACGACAAGACCCUACAGUUUAAAGCAGCCUGGGUGGGUGCUCUGGCCAUGGGCAUGAUCUUCUUCUGCUCUCCCGUCGUCAGCAUGUUCACAGACCACUUUGGCUGCAGGAAGACCGCCGUGGGCGGGGCGUUCGUGGCUUUCAUCGGGCUUCUCACCACCUCCUUAACAAAUUCCCUGGGACUGCGCUACUUCACCUACGGGAUCCUGUUUGGCUGCGGCUCCUCCUUCGCUUUCCAGCCCACUCUGGUCAUCCUGGGACAUUAUUUCCGCCGGCGACUGGGGCUGGUCAACGGCGUGGUGACGGCUGGUAGCAGCGUUUUCUCCAUGGCCCUGCCGCUGCUGCUGAAGAAGGUGGUGGGUCCGCUGGGUCUCAGCUACACCUUCCAGAUCCUCAGUGCCUUCAUGCUGGUCCAGGCCUUCCUAGCGCUGACCUUCAAGCCCCUGCUACCCACUGCACACAGCUCACCCCACGCUGAGGGAGGAGGUGGGAGUAGGUGGCAGAGGUGCCUGCCACAGAUGCCCAAGUUCUUUAACCUGAGGGUUUUUCGCGUGACCACAUACAGAGUGUGGGCGUUUGGAGUGGCUACAGCGGUAUUGGGCUAUUUUGUGCCGUACGUUCAUUUGGUGAACUACGUCAUGGAAGAAUUUAAAGAAACCGAGAAAGAGUGGAUUCUCUUGGUCUGCAUCGGGGCAUCGUCAGGGGUUGGCCGUUUGGUUUUUGGGAAAAUAGGAGACCUCAUACCGGGAGUGAAGAAGAUUUACAUGCAGGUGGCCUCGUUCCUGCUGCUGGGACUCAUGUCCAUGAUGAUCCUGCAGUGCCGCGUGUUUGAGGGCGUCGUCGUGGUCUGCCUCUUCCUGGGGCUGUGUGAUGGCUGCUUCAUCACCAUCAUGGCCCCCAUCGCCUUCGAGCUGGUCGGGCCCAUGCAGGCCUCCCAGGCCAUCGGUUACCUGCUGGGACUCAUGGCAAUCCCCAUGACAGCUGGGCCGCCCAUAGCAGGGAUUCUUCAUGAUUAUUUUGGCAACUACCACGUAGCUUUUUACCUGGCUGGGGUGCCCCCAAUUAUUGGUGGCACGGUUCUGUUCUUCGUCCCUCUUAUCUAUCAUUGGAACCAGCGCUGCCGGCAGCAAGAGGAUCACUGCAAGGAUAAGAUGCUUCCUUCAGAGAGCAACGCUGUGAAUGGGGAUCUCCUGCCAGGAUUCACAGAUGUCGAGACACGUGUCUAAAGGUUUGCAACAAACAAAGGUACCCUUUUAAAAACAGAAUGGCAAAUGGGGCAGCACACCAGAACAUGGGCCAGUUCAUUUAACCCCCAUUUAUUUCAGAUUUGGUAAAACUGCUGCUACCUCUUUAGAACUCUGCACACAGGUUCCAACAUUUCCUUUGUGGUUGUUGUUGUUUUUUCCUAUUGCUCCCCAGCAGUGCCUGAUGCUUUUAUACUUCUAAGUUUACAAGACUGCCCUUGUAUUUCUCAUAACCAGUUUUACACUUUUACUCUUUGCCCCAAUGGAAUCCACACAAGAGGGCACACUAAGUAGUCCUACAUUAUAUUAAAAUAAUUUCUAACCUGAGAAAGUGUUUUCUAGGAUCACCUUCCACAGCCAUAGUCGUCCAAAUUGAUGAAUAGGAAAGAACCCCAAGACACUGAAUACGCUUUGUUCAACGCGCCGAUCUCAUACAUUAGAGAAGGAAUAUAAUAUCAUAAGUUCUGUUCUAAUGUGGUUAGAAUGAAUGGUUUGAAAAGAUCCGGUCUGUAUUGAUGUGCGCUCUGAUUUUGUGGUUUUAUUUAUUUAUUUUGAUGAUGAUGGUUAAAAACAUAUAUACUGGCUUUAAAACAGUACUGGAUCUGCCAGAUAAUAUAAUGAGCCCAAACCAUGUUGUGUAAAGUGUAAAAGUGAGGUUGUCCUAUUGCCCAUAAAGUGACUGAUGCAUAGUUACAGGUUACAAAGGCACCUUGAGUCUGGAAAACUAAAAAAGGGUACAAAGUGAUGAACUCAUCUCCAGCAGUGCAAGUUGCCAGUGGCUUCAAUUACCACCAAUGGGGAAAUUCUUAAGUCUAGAAACCAUCUUGGAGGUUUUUCUCAAUUCCAUAAUUGUUCCAAAAUGAAAUCUGAUCAAAGGGUGCAGGGGGCCAUCUUUGGCUUUAUAUUUGAUGGGUGGCUUCAUAAUUUUGUACCGGACUGUACAGUAUGUCCCAACUUAAGCAUACCUUACUAGUUGCUACAGAUACAUACGUUGUAAAACAGCACACCAGCUGUCCUAGCUAUAUAUAAAUUGCGUAUGUGUGACCUGGUCAUUGAAAUAUAAAUGAAACAGCAUGAAAUUGGGUUAAUAAUUUAAUUUUGGCUAUAUCGGGUGAAAACCCUACAAUCAGAACACCUAGGUCUAGACACCAAAUAAUCUGUACAUUUAUUUUAUGGAUCUAUUAAGAAAACGUCUAUAAACCUGUAUUAAAAGUGUUUGCAAUUCCUAACAAGGAAUUGACAGUUUAUUAUAAUACAACCCCAAUGACAAAUUACUAGUGGAAAGAUUGAUGCCAUAGUACAAAGUAAUUGUAAUGUUUCUUAUAAUGCCAAGCUGUAUUAAAACUUGCUAUUCCUGUCUUAAUAAUUCAAAGAUAAUGUAUUAUAAUUUGGGUUAUUUAAUUAGUUCCUUUAAUUUCAUAAGCGUUAGAUAACACCGUGUAACAAUUUAUUUUUUAUUUUUUUGGUUCCUGGGUAGUAAGUGUUAUUUCCUAAUUGCUUAU